CAUAUAAAUGCGUGCACAUCGGCGCAUGUAUAAUGUGUAUAGAAACGUGUAUACGUAUAUUUACACCGGUGAUCCGGUGUCACCGUAUUCAAACAAAAAGUUUAUAGAAAAUACCUUAAUUAUUAACACUGUAUAUUUAAUAUCGUCGAAAUCGUGCUUAAAAAGUUUGUGGUUAAAUAUGUAGAAUUAAAAAAAGUCAUUUUAGCGUGGCACAAAUAUGUAUGUAUAACUGUAUUUUGAUUUUUUUGCGAGUGUUCUAAAUUAUUUGUAUCGGUAAUUUCAAAAUUACAUAAAUUACCUAAUUGAUACUCUUUUUGGAAAUAAUGUCUAUUAUACAUAUUGUACAUAUAGUACUUUCUUUUCUAUACCUUGGGACGAGCGAUACGAGCAUUUUAGCGCCUCGUGAUACAACAUUUAUUUUGUUAAGUCAAAAAGAAGGUUACCAUGCUGCACAUGCUAAUCUUUUGAAAGAAAAUAUAAUUGAACAAGCUAAUAUCCUUGAUGAGGAUCCUCCUGAAAUAGUUUUAUCUCAUGAAUUGAAUAUCAAUGGAUCAUGGACGAUAAUACCACUAUUGGAAUAUUUAUUAAAUACGUAUCCAACUUCUAAGUGGUUUUUCUUUUGCCUGGAAAAUACUGCAAUUAGAUUAAAUAAACUAUUAAAUGUUUUAUCUAAGUAUAAAGAAGAUAAGAAUUUAUGGAUUGGUCAUGCACUAUAUGAUCAUGAACCGACAAUUAUACACCAUUUUGCAGAGCACAAUAAGAAAUUUAAAUAUCCACAUGUAGCUUCAGGCUUCGCAAUAACAUUAGCCUUAAUGACUAGUCUAGUACAAAAACUUAUCGUAGGGGAGGGACCCAAGGAUGACUUUACAAUUGAUGCAUCCUAUGAAUUUGCAUCAUUUGUUCUUCGUGUUGACAAGGGAGUGAGGUUGACACAUGAAUCUAAUAUAUGCAUUGUAUCAAGUUCUGACUGUGCCACUUAUCCAAGAUUUUUUCAUUCUUGCGAUUCAUCUGUGUCUUCCAAAAAUGCGUAUUUUGCUGUAAAAACAUGCACAAAGUAUCAUGUUGAAAGAAUUCCUGCGAUUAAGAAGACAUGGGCAAAACAUGUUGAAAACGUUGGUUACUUCAGUGAUGCUGCUGAUAAACAUUUACCAGAGGCUUUUAUCGUACCAAACACAACACGCGGACAUUGUGGCAAGACUUACAAUAUUUUAGUAGAAGCAGACAAAAUACUGCAGAAAAACAAUUUGAAUUGGCUUGUAAUUAGCGAUGAUGAUACGAUAUUCAGCGUAGCGCGUUUGAUGGGUUUGUUAACAUGCUAUAAUCCCAAAAGUCUGCUUGCAAUUGGAGAAAGAUAUGGUUUCCGUCUAUGGGACAAUCUUUAUGGGUACGAGUACUUAACAGGUGGUGCUGGGCUUGUUUUAUCUAAGUCUUUAGUUCAUGAGAUGAUAAAACCAGGAAGGUGCGAUUGCCCAUCACCUACAACUCCCGAUGAUAUGUAUCUCUUCGGUGCAUGUCUGGCACGAAUUGGAAUACAACCUGUUCAUUCAUCGUUAUUUCACCAAGCACGCCCGUCUGAUUAUGCAACUGCCUAUCUCGCUUCUCAGGAACCUAUAUCUUUUCAUAAGUUCUGGAUGAUCGAACCACAAAUGGUUUAUGAUGAAUGGUUCGCAGAAGCUGAUAAGUCCCUAAUUACAUUUAAAAGACAUACCGAACUAUAAUUUCAGUAUGUAUCAAAUAUUUUACUACUACCUAAUAAUGUCCUAACCGUAGAAAUUGAAAGAAGUCAUAAACAAAUUAAUUCUGUCAGGAUCUCUAUGAUAUGUUUUUAAAUGAAUAAGAUUUUAUAUAAAUCAUUGUAGACUACCGUAUUUUGUAAGAAUAUCAUAUAAAAUUUUUUUAUUUCUUUAAUAUAUAUACAUGUAUAUGUA